UUUUCAUGCGUGCUAUAUAUGUAUGUUUGUAAGACGAACAUUUCCACUACUCGCACGACGACUCCAACAUAUUUGCACGAACAAACCGAGCGCACAUCGUAAAGCGACUGCUUGUCCUUUCGUACAAUCGGCUCGGCACGAAGUUGCGCGGAAAUUGUUGGUUGCUGAGCAGCCGUGGCUCAUUCACGCCGGAACGUUGCGAUUGUUAGUGUCGAAAACGUCGCUUGUACGCGUUUGAAUGCAAAAUAUUAACGCUUUAGUGUUUAGAGAUUUUCAAUAAGUACGGCUUUUCCAAAACAAAAAAAAAAAUUUACUCGGUCACACGCAUGCAUGCGUAUGUGUUGGAGCGUGAGUGCGUGCGUGUAUGCUAAAUAAAUACGUGAGUGCAGUCAAGUGAGUCAAAGUAAGGGUGUGUGUGUGUGUGACGCGCUACACUGUUAUAAUUACUUUAAUUACAAUUAAUUACAACUAUUAAUUGCUAAGUGGUUGCUGGGAAAACGCUCAAACGAAAGUGUUAAAUAUUGCUAAGAGCAAGCGGUACGCAUUAAAAGUGAAGCGUGUUAUUUCCGUUAGUAAUAUAGCAUAAAUGUAUUAACAACUGCUGUGGCAAGUAAAAAUUAGAAAAAAUUAUCAGCUGACUUAGAAAACACACACAGCCACAUAUAUAUAUAUAUAUAAAUAUAUAUGCGUACAAGCGUCUAAUAGAAAUUUCGUAUUUUCCUUGAGAUUUUCGUGUUGCGUCGCGUUUUAUUAGCUUACAUUCUUAUAUGCAUAUAUAAUAGCAACAAUUGUACCAUCAAAUUAACGCGCUAACAAAUACAAGAUACAAAAACAAAAACACACACAAGCAGCGCCUGGUGAAAACGCGGUUGUACAGGGCGUAUGAGUGCUCCAAUUCGACAAAGUAGUUAUCACUGAUUUAGCGCAAGCAAACGCACAGACCUACUAACAUACAUAGCGGUAUAUAUGUGUUUAACUGUACAUUAAAUACAACUAGCUACGAAAUUGUUGUUAAACGCGCUAUUCGAGGCUCGUCUGCGUGUGUGUGUGCGUUGUGUUGCUGUGAAUUUUUCAUGAGCCAACAGAAUUUGUGCUGCUGAUUUAACGGCGCAACAACACUAACAACAAGAGGAACACAAAAAAGAGAAAAUAAAAAUAAUAAAUAAAAGAACAAAAAAUAAAAAUAAGAAAUAAAAACAAUAAAAAAAUAAUAAAUUAAAACAAAAACAAAAAAUAAAAACGAAAACAAUAAAAAAAAAAAUAAAAAAUUAAAACAAAAACAACAAAACUAAAAAGGGAGCACUCGCCUCGCUCUGUUAGAAAACAACAACAACAACAACAAAAAUAAAACUAAAUCAUCUCCACACAAGAGUGUAAACUACUUGUUAUGCCGUGAGUAGCUUCUGCAACUGUUAUUUGCUGACUAUUUACGCUGACAAAACAGCCAAGCAUAUCCGCAAAUGAAGUGACAAAAGAAAAUGUUGCAGAGGUACUGAAAGCAAGUGCGAAAGGAAAAACAAAAAAAAUAAAAAUAAAAGCAGAAAAGUAAAAACAAAAUAAAAACAACAAAAAUUCAGAAUUUAGUGCAAAAGCGUGCAAAACACACACAGUGUAAACGCUAAACAACAGGUGAACUUCGCAACUUAAAUAUUAACCUGCGUCUCUGUGGAAAAUUCCCUGCAAAUUACAACACUACAUACUUAUAACCGACACAAAAGCUGCUGAACUAAACUAAACUGAACUGAUACAUCACUUCUUGAUUGGUUCGCGGAAGUGCUACUAUCAGCUGUUUUAAGAUUAACGCUGAGAGCACUUGAGAACAACGGUAAGCGGGUCGACAACUCUUCCGAGAACGACGUCGAGCGCAACAAGAGGGCUACUUUCCAUAAAAGUUUCGGACAAACUGCCAAUAAAGUGAAACUUUUUGGCAACAAAACACACACACAGAUACACAUAGAGACAGUAGUGAAUAGUGAAGCAAGUGAACUACUCAGACUGGGUUAUAGUUGAUCAAUCGUUGAAUACUUUGUGGCAAGUGAAUGAAAGUUGUUGAAGAAGCGAAAAGAAUUUGCGCUGAAAUUGUGCAACAUUUGAAGUAAUUAAAAUUUAGUUACAGAAAAGUAGAAAACGAAACGAAAGUGCACCAGAAAAAAUAAAGAAAGAAACCAAAAAGUGAAAGAAAAAAGUGACAAAAGUUUUUAGUUGCAGUAACAACAACAACAAUAGCAACGUAAUCGAUAAUCGAAAAAGUAGAAAAAAUAAAUAAAAUACCAAAAAAGAAAUUAUAAAAUAGUGCCAAACCAAGUUGCAACAGCGCGCGUGUGCAUGCAACAUUCCGGCCGCGUGUGGCAGCGGCAAAACUCGGCUGUGGCACAGUGCAAUCGCAUAAUUAAUUCAAUGCGCACUUAAAACUGCAGUUUUCAACUUGAGAAACGAGAAAAUCGCAUUUAGCCGAAAAGUGCUACAAAUAUACGCGCAAUAACAACAACUAUAACCGAAAUAAUAAUCACAGUGAACGAGUGGCAACACCAAACUAAACUAAAAGUGAAAUAAAACGAAAUAAAGAAGUGAGUGAAAGAAGAAGAAGAAGUAGAAGCGCGUUAAAGUAGAUAAGCAGCAAAGUGUAUAGCAAAGCGUUGCAAAGUUAGCGUGACAAAGUUUCAUUUGUUGAAGCAAAUUGAAGCGGCUGGCAGCGUGCAACAGCAAGCGAGCGCUUUGAGAGGCGGAGUGCGAGCGACAGCCAGCUGUGUGAACAACAAAAAUGACGUGCGCCGCUCAUAGAGUAAAUUGCAUAAAUUCACAAAUACAAGAACAAGUAGCACAGCAACAACAACAAAGAGUUGGACAUUUGGCAGCAUACACCAGCGGUUGCAACAACGGCAACAGCGACAGCGAAAAAUACGCCAAAGUGAAAAGUUGCAAAUUGAUGUCGACGCAACGCACACAAUCUAUACCCCACCAACAACAACAAGAAUUGCGCGCAGCUGACAAAAAUUGUAACGGUGUUAGUGCCUGCAACACAGCAGAUUUACUUGCAGCACAACAAAAUCUGAAGCAACAACAACAACCACACAACUCCACCACCUCCAAAAUGUAUGACAACAGCAGCAUGCAACACUCGCUUGCUGAAGUGGCAAACAGGAAUGCAGCCAACGGUGCUGCCACCAAAACCAUCACCGCCACCAUCACCUCCACCACCGCCACCACAAAUGCAAAUUGCGUCCAAUCACGGCGGCAUCAGGUGCAGCAGCAACAACAACAGCUCACUUCGCACGGCAUGCCGUUAGGUGAGCGCAAUAGUUGCAGCAAUAGCAACAACAUCAACAACAAUAGCAGACAACUACAACAACAACAGAAAACAUAUUACCGUUAUCCACAAUCCUUCGCUGGUUAUACACGCCUCUUGAGCGUCCUGUUGCUGUUCGCAUUCCAGCAUUUUCCAAGCGUGUCGGCGUCAAGUAAUAUGAAUAAACAUGAGCCGAUGUUCAUUUCACGUUCGGAGACAUUCAAAUUCGUUGCUGGAGACACAAUAAGAUUGCCAUGUGAGGUUGCUAAUACAGAUCCUUAUGUUGUUGCCUGGAAACGUGGCAUCGCCAUACUCACCGCCGGCAAUGUGAAAGUAACACCGGAUCCACGUGUCUCGCGUGCCGAACGAUUCAACUUGCAGAUACGCGACGCAGUGCCACAGGAUGCCGGCGACUACAUCUGUCAGAUCGCCACAAUGGAGCCACGCGAGAUAACGCACACCGUCGAGAUUUUGGUGCCACCAAGGAUCCAUCACAUUAGCACCGGCGGACAUUUGCAAGUCAAAAAGGGCUCAUCGGUGCGUAUUGAGUGCUCGGCCUCCGGUAAUCCGACGCCGAACGUAACUUGGAGUCGUAAGAAUAAUAUUUUGCCCAACGGCGAGGAGAAGCUACACUCGCACAUCCUGUCGAUCGAGAACGUGGACCGGCACAAGGGCGGCGUCUACAUUUGCACAGCCAACAACGGCGUCGGUCAACCGGCAUCCAGUCAAGUCGUCCUGCAUGUCCUAUACCCACCCGAGAUAUCCGUUGAGCGCCCUAUCGUCUUUUCCGGCGAAGGACACGAGGCAAUGCUGGUCUGCAUAGUCCACGGGGAGACACAACCUGAGGUGCUUUGGUUCAAAGACACCAUGCAACUGGACACCACCGAACGUCACAUCAUGGAAAAUCGCGGCUCACGUCACACACUCAUUAUACGAAAAGUCCAUCCUCAGGACUUUGGUAAUUAUUCUUGUGUGGCCGAGAAUCAGUUGGGUAAAGCACGGAAAACUUUGCAACUGAGCGGGAAACCAAAUAUUGCCGUCUUCAAUUCACCUCCAAUCAGUCAGUACAAGGACAGAUACAACAUUUCUUGGACCGUCGAUUCGCACACACCCAUCGAAGAGUACAAGCUGUCGUUCCGAAGGUUGCCGCAAGGACACGAGGUCGAUAACUCCAUUGAUACGCACACCGGCUCGGCUUCCUCCUCGACGCUGCUGCAGAUGUACGGUGGCGGUGGUGGUGGCGGCAUCGGUGGCGUCGGCAUGGGCAGCGGUCUGCUUGGCAGCCAGCAUAAUCAUCGUCUCGGCAGCGGUUUGGGUGCCGGGCUCAGCAGCUAUGGCAAUGUGAUGCACUGGGGUCGUAACGAUUGGCGUGAUGUGGUACUCGCCGCGAUGCCAUUGUCACAUCAUUACACACAGGGGAUGAGUUAUAUGAUACGCGGUCUGGAUCCGGACCAGCACUACGAGGCCACCGUGCAAGCAAGGAAUCGUUAUGGUUGGAGUGACUUGACGCAUAGCUUCCUCUUCUCGACCUCUUCGAAUGAUGGACUUAUUGAUCUAUCAUCUUUUCUAAAUCACGGUUCGUCAGACAAUGAGAUGCGCGAUCUGAGUGUCACCUUCUACGGCAGCGGCGCUACACACAAACUCCGGCUGAGCCUCACCACACUCUCAUUGGUGACACUCAUUUUGGUGAAACUCAACAAAAGCUUUUGGGCCUAAGCGCUGCACGGGAGCCCGGCGUGGCAAGGAUUAUGAGUUGGAAUUUUACUAAAUGCCUAAUUAUUAGGGCGAAAGUUGAUAUUAUGCAAUCAGAUUACUUUUAUAACUGUAAAACUAAAAGAUAACGAGAGAGAGGAAUGAAGUAAAAGAGAGAGAUCAAAUUGUAGCACGUAGAAAUGUGAGAGCCGGUAUUUAGGUAUGUGUUUAAAUUUAAGCUAAAAAAUAUAAAUAAAUGUAAACAUAAAUUUUUAUUUGAAUAAAAAUACAUAUUAAAAGCUUAGAUUUGUGAUUAACUGAUUUUCAAUUUAUAAGGUAUUAAAGCGUUAGUUUAUAGUUGGCACAGAGUUGAUUUAUUUUUUAUUUUUUAAUUGAACCGUAUUCAAAUUUGAAGACAUUAAAAAUGUGGGAAAAAUAUUUUUAUUUAAAAUAAUUAUCUUAAAAAAAAAAUUGCAUAAAAACUUAAAAUAAAAUUAAUGAAAAAUGCGCUGAUUGAUGGAUCGUUGUAAUGAUCGAUGUGAAAAAGACAGAACCUCAAUUGUAAAUAGUAAAGUAAUUUUUAUCUUAUACAUACUCAUACUCUUAGGCUAAUUAUAAUAAAAAAAUAAAAUUAAUUCAAUAAAAAUAUUAAUUAAUAAAAAAAUUAGAAAGAGUGAUUGUCACAGCCUGACUGACAGUUCGUUGCUAGCUGACAGUUGAGCAGUGACAAGAGAAGUGAAAGCAAAAAUCGGAGAGUGUAAAGUACAUAAGAGGUUAUAGGUUAAUAUGAGAGUCAACACUCUCAAAUUUAAGUAUCAAGAGAGAGCCAAGCAAAAUGUUUUUUCAAUAUUCCACUCUAGUACGUAAUGAAAUAGUGAAAUAAAAAAUGCAUAUUGGUAAGUAAAUGAUGUACUUAGUAAAAAUUUAAACUAAUUUAUUGUUAGCGAAAAUUAUUAUUAUGAAAUAACUGUAAUGAGAUUAAAAAAAAACUAAAGAACAAAAAAUAUAUAUUAAUUAUAAUACAAAAUAUGAAUGUGUGUAUGUGCUAAUGCACUCUUAUACAUAUGUACAUAUAGACCACUUGUAUGUUUAUUCUAGGCAUAAACACAUAAAUAUACUCAAAUAAAUCGCACAUUGAAGUAUUCAAAUUUAGUGACAAUUAAGUUUGGCAAAUUUGUGUCGUCGUUUCUCGUGUCAUUUAGUGCAAGCUAAAGUUACUUAACAGUAACUAAUUGCAUAGCGGGCGCUGCUAAUAUUAUCUAUGAUGAAGUGAAAUCAUAAAAAAUUAAAUAAUAAAAAAAUUAAAAUUGCUUGCGGCCAUGCAUACAUACAGACAAACAAAUAUAGAGAAUUUUUAAGCUUUUUGCUAUUUUACUCAUAAGCUACUAAGUAACAAGUAUGCGUAGUUAAUUUUAAACGGUAAUAUUAGAAAUUUCGAAAGUGUGACAUUUUUGUAAUGCUCUUAUUUUUGUAUGUGUGUAUAAUUUUUUGGAAAUUUAAAAAGUAUAACUUAAAAGGAAAGUCACUAAAAUAGA